CGCCCCCCGGGCCCCGGAGGCUCCGCGGCCACCGGAGCGGGAGGUGGAGCCGAGCCCGCGGCGGCGGCGGCGGCCGGGCAGGAGGGAAAGUUCGGGCGGCGCGGGAGCCGCAGGAGCCGGCGGGGCAGCCCGGGGAGCCUCGGGGCCGGGAAACUGCUGUCAGAGACUGUGAGUGGAAUUAUGUAAAACAAAACACAAAGCCGAGAGUGGAACCGGGCCUCGCACCCCCGUUGCUUCCAUCUUCUGUUACGAUCAGGACGCAGAGUCCUUUCCGUGUCAAGCAGAGAAGCCGAAGUAUUUUUUACCCAGUAGAGGAAUGAUGUAGUUCCAUCCACAACCUUCUUUUCUUACAUGCUUCCAGGUCUUCAGCCUACCUGGAAUAGAUUUCUGAGAGGCAUGAGGUCCCCUGUUGUUGCCUGCUGCGCAUUUGGAAGGCUAGGAUGGGUCUGAGUGUGACCAUUUGGAGGUUUCAGCUAACUUGUUGCUUCUGCCUGGAAGACCAUCCUGUAGAAGGAGAAAACGUGCCCCACGGGAUGCUUGACUUCGAGAGACAAGACGUGUUGUAGAAAGAAAUGGAUGAAGGCAGCUCAGGGGGCCCCAAACGCAUGCUUCCCGUGGUCUAGUCCAGGGCAAGCCCUUCCAUGGGGCCCUGAGGUUCUGGGAUGUCGCCAGUUCUGGACGCAUGGCUGAUUCCUGAAUGACGAUGGUUCGCCGGGGGCUGCUUGCGUGGAUCUCUCGGGUGGUGGUUUUGCUCGUGCUUCUCUGCUGUGCCGUCUCCGUCCUCUACAUGUUGGCCUGCACUCCCAAAGGCAACGAGGAGCAGCUGGGGCUGCCCAGGGCCAACGGCCCCACAGGCAAGGAAGGGUACCAGGCCGCCCUGCAGGAGUGGGAGGAGCAGCACCGCAACUACAUCAGCAGCCUCAAGAGGCAGAUCGCACAGCUCAAGGAGGAGCUGCAGGAGAGGAGUGAGCAGCUCCGGAAUGCGCAGUACCAGGCCAGCGAUGCCGCGGGCCUGGGCCCCGAGCCGGGCGCUCCCGAGAAAACCCAGGCCGACCUGCUGGCCUUCCUGCACUCGCAGGUGGACAAGGCGGAGGUGCACGCCGGCGUCAAGCUGGCCACCGAGUACGCCGCAGUGCCUUUCGACAGUUUCACCCUGCAGAAGGUGUACCAGUUGGAGAUGGGCCUGACCCGCCACCCUGAAGAGAAACCCGUGAGGAAGGACAAGCGGGAUGAGUUGGUGGAGGCCAUCGAAUCAGCCUUGGAGACCCUCAACAGCCCCGCAGAGAACAGCCCAAACCAGCAUCCUUACACGGCCUCAGAUUUCAUCGAAGGGAUCUACCGCACAGAGAAGGAUAAAGGCACUUUGUAUGAGCUCACUUUCAAAGGGGACCACAAGCACGAAUUCAGGCGCCUUGUCCUGUUCCGACCGUUUGGCCCCAUCAUGAAAGUAAAAAAAGAAAAACUCAACAUGGCCAACACGCUCAUCAACAUCAUCGUGCCACUGGCAAAGCGGGUGGACAAGUUCCGACAGUUCAUGCAGAACUUCAGGGAGACAUGCAUCCAACAGGAUGGGAGGAUUCAUCUCACUGUUGUUUACUUUGGGAAAGAAGAAAUGAAUGAGGUCAAGGGAAUACUUGAAAACACUUCCAGAGCUGCCAACUUCCGGAACUUUACCUUCAUCCAGCUGAACGGCGAGUUUUCCCGGGGGAAGGGCCUGGACGUAGGAGCCCGCUUCUGGAAGGGGAGCAACGUCCUUCUCUUUUUCUGUGAUGUCGACAUCCACUUCACCUCCGAGUUCCUCAACACGUGCCGGCUGAACACACAGCCAGGGAAGAAAGUAUUUUACCCAGUCCUCUUCAGUCAGUACAACCCCGGCAUCAUCUACGGCCACCAUGAUGCGGUCCCUCCCUUAGAGCAGCAGCUGGUCAUAAAGAAGGAAACUGGAUUUUGGAGGGACUUUGGAUUUGGGAUGACAUGUCAGUACCGGUCAGACUUCAUCAACAUAGGUGGGUUUGACCUGGACAUCAAAGGCUGGGGCGGCGAGGACGUGCACCUGUACCGCAAGUACCUGCACAGCAACCUCAUAGUGGUGCGCACGCCCGUGCGGGGCCUCUUCCACCUCUGGCACGAGAAGCGCUGCGUGGACGAGCUGACCCCCGAGCAGUACAAGAUGUGCAUGCAGUCCAAGGCCAUGAACGAGGCCUCCCACGGGCAGCUGGGCAUGCUGGUCUUCCGGCACGAGAUCGAGGCUCACCUUCGCAAGCAGAAACAGAAGUCCAGCAGCAAAAAGACAUGAACUCCCAGGAUUACGGUUGGGGGAGAUGUUUUUUGUUUGUUUGUUUGUUUCCUUUUGCAAUGAACCUGCAACAAGUGGCUGCAACAAGGAAACGACUUCCAUAAAGGGCCAACAAAGAAGUUUAAAAAAAAAAAAAAACUGAUUGGUAAUGGACAAAGGGAGAGCUCUGCCUCCGAUUUCUGCCUGUGUGGUUCUAUGCAGCAGGAAUGCACAUCUCCCGCUUUGCCUGCAGAAGUAGCCCCAAGGAUCCUCUGCAGUGUCUGAGGAAGGAGAAUGGUCGUUGAGGUGGUGCGCUCGGCCACGUGGAGGCUGUGAUUGUGUCUGCGGCGAAGUGAGGCCUGUUGCUUUCUGUGCUCAUGGCAAUAUUCAUGAAUGAAGACCGGUUUUGUAAAAAGUUCACUAGAAUGAAAGGCAAACAUUUCUCCCCAGCGGGAUGAUUGUAUCAGUAAGUCUCUGGUGUCUUGGAAUGCUAAAACAAGGCAGGCGAGGAGACUGUAAACUUGACGAUCCUUGUGAGUGUAUUAAGCAAAACCAAGUGGACUAAAAAAAAAAAAGAAAGAAAGAAAAAACAAAGAAAUCAUAACUUGUUAUCAUUUUCCCCCAAAUUAACCAAAAAUAAUCUCAUCUUUUCGGUUGUAGUUUUAACCAUCUCCGUUUGUUUCUUUUAUUUAAAAAACGCACUUUUCUUUUGCUUAAUAGUUAUAUUUUGCUUAUUUAAUGACCCAUUCGCAAGCCUUACUAAAGGGAGCACAAGCUAGCGUACACUUUUAUGUUUUUUAAGAAGAUACUUUUAGAUGCAUUAGGAGAACUUUCCAUUCAGAGGUGGAUAUCGCAUCCGGGGACCUGGCCGACGCUGGGCCUGUCAGGCACCACGUCAGACCUUCAGCAGGCGGGAGGCGUGGCAUGGGGCUGCCGAGGACCAAUCUAUAACCAGACUGUAUCUGCAGAGUAUUUCCGAAGAGGAGCGACUGAACACUGGAGGGAAAUACAAAUAUCCUUUUUUUUUUUUUUUUUUUUUAACCUCAACAGAAAAGAAAACUCAUUCAGGCUGGCAGUAGCUUGAUUUAUUUAAAAGUCAGAAAACACACUUUUUUUUUUUGGCAAGAGAGAACUGGGGACUACUUUCUUACCUGUUUAAAUAAACCAAAGUACACUGUGUGAACCAAACGCUCUCUUUCCCAAGCAGGGUGCUCUUCCUGGCUGCUGGCUUCCACGAGAGGAACUGCAGGAAAGUGUAUUUUGUGCAGGAUCACUCCAUCGGCCCGAGUCUCCGGGGCUGGGAGGUUUUCUACAUGUUCACCCACCCCCAUCCGGGGGGAGUAACUUCAUUCUUUUUUAAACGAAGCUGUUCUACUCCAUCGCCAAGAUGCUUCUGAAAAUUGCAUUUUAUUACAAUUUCCAACUAUUUAAAAAAAAUAAAUACACUUAACACUGAGUGGUUUCUACAUUCAUGUGUAAAUUAUUUAUUUAAUAGCCAGCACUAGUUGCACGAGCUAAUUAUCUCUGAUUCCUUGUCUUCUGUUUGCCCACAGUCAAGUCAUUGUUGAAAAGCUUCAGAAACAUUCAAGCUGUUGGUGUGUUGGGGGA